AUGGCGCGUAAAGGCUCUGGUACAGAUGGCCCUCUACAGACAGCCCUCCUGGAAUCCACGUUUGCAGCCACGACAAGAGCUUCUGAAGGACAGAAGAUCUUCAGCCCUAUAGCUGCAUUCCUCGACAAACACCGCAGCCAAACCGCCGGCCUUGCCCCUCACCUACUGAGAGCCCUCACCGCUCUAAGCGAUGACCUCGCCUCAAUAGCCCAACAACAUUUCAACGCCUACAUUAGCGGUAUCUCGACGACCUCCAUUCCCCCUGCCCUAUCCUCUUCCCCUUCCCUCACCCCAAAUUCCUUCCUCCCCUCACCCCCUCUCUCACGCCCCCCCUCAGGUCUUGAACAGUCAACUUAUGCGACUAUUACCCAACAUGCCCCAGCCAAAUCAACUCCCACCACUCACUCUAAAGCCCCUGCUAAAAAGCCUAUGCCUCUGAUUAAACAACCCCUUCCUGACAAUCGGCUCUUCGUACGUCUCCCAGCUGAUCAUGCAGCUAGAAAAAUGGAAGCCUACGCUAUCUACUCUAGCCUAAGGUCUCAACUAAACUCAAACAGUGCAGCACUAAAAGAAGUUCAAACCACAAAGACUGGCUUUGCACUAUGUCCCUCAUCUCCGGAAGCCCUCCUAGCCCUUGAGGCCCAGAAAGAGAUUAUCUCUGCAUUCUUUGUUAACUGCCAGAUAGAACGCAGCUCCCGAUGGGUCUCAUAUCGAGUUACCAAUGUGCCAAGGAAAAUUGGCCAAAUCUUGAAUGGCCAAUACUCUCUAAUCCCCGUCAAUCCUACACUUCUGUCCUCAGAAAUAAGCGAAACUACAGGGCUUAAGCCCACAUCUAUUAGCGAGACCACUUCAAGCGCUGUCAACCCUGAUACUCCCUCCUCAAGCUGGUUUGUGAACUUCCCAGAAGGCAUGAAAACACCACUACCCAUCCAACUACGUCUUUUUGGUACUAUCACCAAUGCUCGUCACCUCCCUAAGAAAACAACAGUUAUUCAAUGCACACGAUGCUGGAAAUGGCAUAAUGCAAGAUCCUGUGCCCGCCCCUCUCGAUGCCGGCUAUGUGGCUCCUCAGAGCAUACUGAAAAGGGCCAUGCCAAUCGCUGCACAGCCCUGGAACCUCAUCAAUGCCCUCCUAGAUGCAUACACUGUCAUGGACCACAUCCAGCUGAUUUCUCAGAAUGCCUCCUGCGCCCUAGAGGCAAUACUAAACAUACUAAAGCUCAACAAGCAGAGAUCCGCAAAUCCUGCGCCACAAACCUCGCAAAAGCUCGAACUGAAGGAGGAUGUAGCCCUCAGCUCUUCAUAGGCACACAAGAAACACCUAUGGCAAUAGACGAGGUGCCAACUCAGCCUCCAACCCAUGAGAUUAUCUCUCCUUUCCGCUCAGUAACCCCCCCACCUCGCGCCCCAACUGAAGAUCCUCCAAUUACGGCUCGUGCAGCGCCUCUCAAAAUCCUACAGUUAAAUGUAGGACACGCGCCAGAUGCACACGAAAUAGCUCUCACAUUGGCAUACACUAGCGACAUCGAUAUUAUCCUAAUCCAAGAACCAUAUACAUUCAAAGAUCUUAGCCGACAGAUUACCAAAAAACACCCAUCAUAUGAAUGCUUCUCCCCAACUGACAGUUGGGCAAUAAGUGGUCGGCCACGAGUCCUCACCUAUGUCCGAAAGAAGAAAGGCAUUCGGACUUCCCAGCUUCGCCCCUUCACAUCUGACACUGAAGAGGCCUCGGAUCUCCUUUUCCUUCAGAUUUUCUCGCCCACAGGAAAGUCCGCUCUAAUAGUUAAUAUCUAUAAUGCUCCAGCAGGCUGCAUCAGAGCAGGUGAAGCCGCAAAAGCUCUUACAACCCUGCCAGAGGCGUAUUUCCCUCAAACAACAAUACUUGCAGGCGAUCUCAACCUACUACACAACAGAUGGCAACCCUCGCUACAACGCAGCCCUACAACUUUUGCAGAGCCGUUUAUCAACUGGCUGGAUCUCCAGGGUCUAGUACUCAUUUCCGACAUAGACUGUCCCACACAUGAAAGGGGUAACGUGUUAGACCUCAGUUUCGCCUCAAGCCCUCUGGCACUCGCAGGAGCCAAAGCUAGCAUAGCGAGCCACUUAGAUGCAACCUCUGAUCAUCAACCACUAAUUACCACUGUUCCAUGGGAUCAGAGAUACAAGGAAACAGCUCAGAAACUAAGAUUUGACACACUAGAUCACACUUCCUUCCUUUCGCUCCUCGCCUCUAAUCUCGCUGGCACCGAGAGCUCAGCCGCGACAGAAGAAGAUCUUGAUGCUUUCGCCGAAAAACUGACAUCUGCAAUUCAAGGAGCAUAUAGAGGCUCUGCUAAGAGGACCCUAACACAAGGCAUAGGACAACCUUGGUGGAAUAAAGACUGCAAGAAUGCAUUACACAAUUACCGCUCAGGCCUCUGCUCAAAGACAGACUUCCGCAGGAUAACCAGAUGGUCUCAACGACAAUUUUGGCGAGAUAAGCUCUCUACAGUAACACAAAUGAAGGACGUCUUCGAUAUGAGUAAAUGGCAUAAGUCCACAGGCACCUUCCGAAGCCCUCCACUGAAGGAUCCACUGAGACCUAGCAGCCUCCCAGCAGUUACUAUACACGAGAAACGAGACGUACUAGUCCGAAAUCUUCUUCAAAACUCGGCUGAGGCAGGAGACAUACCUCUGGACUCCCCAGCAGUCCCUAUCACUAGCCUCUACUUUCCAGACAUAUCAAUGUCACAGGUGGAGGAGUCAAUACUUCAGGCAGGAAACACAGCUCCUGGCGCAGACGAAAUCCCAACCUGCAUACUCAAAGUAGCAUGGCCUUUAAUUAAGGAUAAGGUACAAAUGCUAUACCAAGGGUGUCUAAAGAUUGGAUAUCACCCGAAAUGCUUCCGACAUGCAAUUUUAGCAAUUAUCCAGAAACCAAAAAAGACUGAUUGGUCCUCGCCCAGAUCAUACAGACCGAUCGCUCUCCUAUCAGUUCUUGGCAAAGGACUCGAGCGCCUAGUGGCACGGAAUAUGGCAUGGAUCUCUAUACACUACAAAGUAUUAGCGAGACAACAGUUUGGAGCUCUCCCACUAAGAUCUGCAAACGAUCUGACCACAUGCCUAACACAUGACGUUGAACAAGCGCUAAAUCAAGGCAUGACUGCCUCACUCCUUACCCUAGAUGUCAAAGGCGCAUUUGACGCCGUGCUUCCUGGCAGACUGAUCCGCAGAUUGCGUGAGCAGGGCUGGCCUACUAAUCUCGUCCUCUGGAUCGCCUCCUUUGCUACUGGGCGAUCAGUUCAGAUCCGACUUGAUGGAGAGAUUGGCCCCUCAACAGACAUUGCCUGCGGCCUUCCACAAGGAUCCCCAGUAUCUGGCAUUUUAUUCAUGCUCUACAUAGCGCCUCUAUUCCGUCUAGGAAACCCAAGGAACAAAUUUGGCUACGCCGACGACGCAGCUAACCUGGCGAUCUCGACAUCCCUUGCUACUAACUGCGAAGCCUUAUCAGACUCACUUCAAGAAGCUCUUAACUGGGGUGCUGCAGAGGGCAUUACUUUCGCACCAGAUAAAUACGAGCUUCUUCACUUCUCUCGACGAAAAGCAGACCAGGACCCAACCUGCACACCUUCAGUAAAAGCUGGAUCUAUUACAGUCUCAGAAAAUACUAAACGCCUAUAUCUACGUUGGCUAGGAAUCCUCUAUGACAAAAAGCUCACAUUUAAAUGGCAUAUCGGUGAAACAGCAUCUAAAGCCCUCACUGUGGCUAAUGCCCUUCGCUCUCUAGGGAAUACUGCCCGAGGAGUUAAACCUUAUUUACUACAGCAAGCUGUAUUAGCCUGUGUACUCCACAAAGCAUACUAUGGUGCUGAAACCUGGUGGCCAGGACGUACUCGCCCUGGGCCUACCCAGACUUCAAACCGAGUUGGCGAACAUCUUAAGAAACUAACUAAAGUAGUACUAACAGGCGCAAGAGCAGUCCUUCCAGUUUUCCGCACAACCCCAAUAUCUGUCCUUUACCGGGAGUCUGGAUUCUCUCCACCAGAAAUUGAACUAGAUCGAAUAGCCCUCCUCGCAACUGUCCGCCUACGGCGUCUGGAUCCUUACCACCCACUUCGAAGACGCGCGGAACAGGUUGCCAGUAAUAGCCGACAAACCAGCCGAUUUGCCCGCCGCAUACUGGCCCUCCCCAACUCUGAGCAGAUAAACCCUCUCCAACACGCUCCCUGGCACCCUCGCGAGACGCGCGAGAAUGCUCAAGCUCGAAUAGGAGCUCCCAUGGGACGCAGUAAGGAACAGGCAGCGGCUGAUUUUAUAGCUUUUCAACGCACCAUCCCUAGCUCUGAUAUUAUAAUCUUUUCAGAUGGAUCUAGACUAGUAGACGGACGUGCAGGAGGAGGUUACAUUGGAUUUCAAGCACACAAUCAGUUCCUCCGCUCCUCACUCUCAUAUGGACAUGGGAAAGAGGUCUUCGACGCAGAAGCAGAAGCUGCCCUAGCUGGUGCCCAAGCAGCAAUAGCAUACCCAACAGCUGUACACAGCUUUUCAUCAGAUCCAAGACUUCCGCGCUGCGACAUUGCCCUUUCCAGAUUGGCCAUGCUGGUGAGCGUGUCAGGAUUACUUGACACCGUGCCCAGUUCUCAUACUCUCCCGCGGGAAAUUCUGCUGAUGGAGACGAGGAAGAUGGUGCUGGGUGUAGAACAUCCUGACACGCUGAUCAGCAUGGACAAUCUGGCAUUGACGUACCGGAAUCAAGGUCGAUGGAAAGAAGCAGAAGAGCUGGAUAUGCAGGUGAUGGAGACGAGGAAGAGGGUCCUGGGUGUAGAAUAUCCUGACACACUGACCAGCAUGGAUAAUCUGGCAUCGACGUACCGGAAUCAAGGUCGAUGGAAAGAAGCAGAAGAGCUAGAAGUCCAGGUAACAGAGAUGAGUAAGAGGGUUCUGGGUAUAGAAUAUCCUUCCACGCUGACCAGCAUGGCCAAUUUGGCGUCGACGUACCGGAAUCAAGGUCGAUGGAAAGAAGCAGAAGAGCUAGAAGUCCAGGUGAUGGAGACGAGGAAGAGGGUUCUGGGUGUAGAACAUCCUGACACACUGACCAGCAUGGAUAAUCUGGCAUCGAUGUACCGGAAUCAAGGUCGAUGGAAAGAAGCAGAAGAGCUAGAAGUCCAGGUGAUGGAGAGGAGGAAGAGGGUUCUGGGUGUAGAACAUCCUGACACGCUGACCGGCAUGGACAAUCUGGCAUCGACGCUCCGGAAUCAAGGUCGAUGGAAAGAAGCAGAAGAGCUGGAUGUGCAGGUUUCAAAUUCUUGA